AAUUGACGUCUUCUGCAGACGUUUUUGGAACAGUACACGUGGUUUCGGGUGAAAGGUAGGUCGCGGGGCUCUUUGUGUGCAGGUGCGUUUUAUAAUUGGCACGACACUGCAUGUGGUCAUUUUAUUCAUUUGCGAACCACCAGACAUAUCUCGUGCAGAGAUCGUGACGAUCGUGUAGAGGCCGUGUGAACAUUGUGUAGCGUACGUGUAGCUACAGUGAGUGCAGACAUGGGGUAAAUAUUCUUUUAAAUCGUGGCGAAACGAUGAAACAACGGUGCACGUCCAUCGGAGUGGCGCUGGGGAUUUUCAUCCUCACCAUUCAGCACGUUGGAAUACGCUCGGCGUCCGGACAGGACUUGGACGUUACCGAUCAAAUCAGCGACAACGCAAACAGACCUAGCAACUUCUCAACACAAGAGAUCGGUUCUACUGAAGACCCUGGCACCUUUGAGUGUACCAACAGCUCUGUAAAAGAAGACAACAUCACAUCAUCAUUGAACUCACCGGAUAACAACUCAACAUCAUCAAGCUAUGACUACGAAAAGUACGCCUCCAUCGGAGCUUUAUCAGUGUUGAGUGUUUCUAUUGGUCUGGGAGUCUGGUCUGUAGUGGCAAACAGCCUCCCGCUAGUAGCCAUCAUCAAGCAUGAACAGCUCCACACGCCCGCCUAUAUCCUGAUGGCGAAUCUAGCGGCAGGCGACGUCUUGGCCGGGCUAGCCUUCCUGUUUGUUGGUAGCACAGUCCUGUACAACAAUCUAACAGGCACCGUCCCUUCCAUGAUAGAUUCACGUGUACGCUUCACGGCCCUCCUGCUCCCCGGGUUGUCCUCUGCCUACGGUCUGAUGGCGCUGACGGCCGAGCGCUACUGGUUCAUCGUGCACGGACUGACCUACGUCAACAACGUCACCAACGGCAAGUGCAAGGUCGUGGUGGUGCUGGUGUGGGUGUGGUCACUGCUGCUGGCGGUGCUGCCGUACUUCGACUGGAAUUGCGCGGGGCUUCUUGCCGAAGGAUGCCUACCGUUGGGCGGGGGAUUGUCCUACAACUACGCGGUGGUCAUCCUGGUGUUCGUUUUCAUCCCGAUGGCGGCGAUCAUCCUCCUCAACAUGGGCGUCCUGUGGUGUCUGUGGAAGCACGUGAACGCCAUCGCUGCACAGGAAGCCGCCGUGGGUGCCGAGCCCAGCACCAGCCGUAAGUCCGCCAUCACCGUCGUUCUCAUCACCGUGGUGUUCCUGGUCGGGUGGAUGCCGCUCUUCUCCCGCAUGGCCGUGCUGACGAAGGACGUCGUCUCGCUGCACGAAACGAAAGUCUUCGUAAUCCUGAACUCCGCCAUCAACCCAGUGAUCUACGGGUUUCGUCUGAAGGAGGUUCGUCGCGGCGUUGUACGGCUCUUCCGCAACGCGAAUCCGGCGGUUAACUGAACAAGAGAAGAGCAGCAAAAGUACGACAAUGAUGAUCUGCAAACUCGUGAACUCUUCCAUCAACCCAGUGAUCUACGAGUUUCGGAAAAUUGUUUGUCGCGGCGUUGUACGGCUCUUCCGAAACGCGAAUCCGGCGGAAAACUGAAUGGGAGAAGAACAGCGAAAAGACGAAAAACAAUAAUGAUCUGCGUGCUCGUGAACUUUUCAGAAAUCAAAGUAAUAGUGGGAGAGACAACCAACAAGCAAUGCAAUUCACAGUUUUGAAACUGUUCCACCAAAUGUCGCGAUACAAAAACUUAGAAUGUGUAUACAGUGUCAAAAACAUGGAUAGGAAGUAAAUAGAAAGUAAACGGAAAGAGAAAACAUAUCCUAUAGGCCCGCUGAUUCACGGAUAUGGAGAAAGAAAGAAUUUCAAGAGUGUCACGGAUGAUGAAGACCAUGAGAAGUAAAAGACAACAACAGCAACAGCUACAAGUGGCUUCAGCACCAAGGAUGGGACCAGUAGCGCGGUAAGAAACACGCACGUCACAGACACAACCAUUUGGCGACGUCUAAAGCCGGCAACACCAAAAGCUACCAAAAACCUGUGGAGUUAUUUUUUAAUUUUUUUUUUUCAAUUUAUUGGUUUGGCUGUUCCG